GUGCGUGACUCAGGGCCAUUAUUCGCAACUUUGUGCUGCCCACCUUUGUGCGCCCCCCCCCGGGGGCCCCAUUGUCGUGCUGACGCCGACCAGCAGGGCCAGGGAGGGGGGCGACAUGGCGGAGUGACUGGGUCGGGACAAGCCUCAGUCAGCACUGCCACAGCCCGGUGGGCGACAAGAUGGACUAGGAGCGUCUGGCGAAUCCUAGGCAUUCCACGGCAGAAAGCGCACAGCACUCGCACAGCGCAUCUCUGCCCCUCUCCCAGCGGCCUACAAGCCACAGCAGAAGCAUGCAGGAGUCCCCCGGAUCAGUCGCAAUGGACGGGAGCUACAGCAGCAAUGUCCCGGCCUUCCUCACUAAACUCUGGACCCUGGUCGAGGACCCAGAGACGAGUCACCUCAUCUGCUGGAGCACAACCGGCACUAGUUUCCACGUGUUUGAUCAGGGAAGGUUUGCCAAAGAGGUUCUACCCAAGUACUUUAAGCAUAGCAAUAUGGCCAGCUUUGUGCGUCAGCUUAACAUGUAUGGCUUUAGGAAGGUGGUGAACAUCGAGCAGAGUGGUCUGGUGAAACCAGAGAGGGACGACACAGAGUUUCAGCAUCUCUACUUUCUGCAGGGCCAUGAGCACCUGCUGGAGCACAUCAAGAGGAAGGUGUCCAUUGUAAAGAGCGAGGAGGCCAGGGUUCGUCAGGAGGACCUAAGCAAGCUGCUGUAUGAGGUGCAGGUGCUGCGUAACCAGCAGGAGAGCAUGCAGUGUCAGAUGCAGGAUGUGACGCACCAGAACGAGGUGCUGUGGGGAGAAGUGAUGUCUCUGAGGCAGAACUUCACGCAGCAGCAGAAGGUCAUGAACAAGCUGAUCCAGUUCCUGUUCACUCAGAUGCAAUCGAACUUGCCGAACAGUGUUGCGAUGAAGAGGAAGCUACCUUUGAUGCUAGACGACGGACCCAGCAGCCCUCCAGCCUCCAAGUUUGGCCACAAUCUUCUCAUGGAGCCUUUACAAGAGCCCUACUAUAUCCACUCUCCAUCAAAUCCCAUCCGUCAAGGAAAGCCUAACCAAUCAGAGGGCAAAACACCCUCCGGAACUUCCAGCAUCUUUAACACCACAUGUUUUCUGGAGCCUUCUGCUGAAACUGGCCAAUGUUCUGGCCAGGGCCUGCUAGCUGGAGGACCAAUCAUAUCAGAUGUUACUGAGAUGUCACAGUCCAGUGCAAUGAAUAUGCCAGGAGAGCAGUUACGGGGGACAUGCCAGAUGCUGAUCAAGGCAGAGCCAAUGAGCCCUGGGGUUCACGCACGAGGCACAGGAAUCCCAUUCGCUGACCCCCCUGUUCUGCCUGUUGCCAUGGUGCAGUCCAUCCUGGAGGGUCAUGGUCCUGGCGUUGGGGAGAAGAGAGGCAGGAGACAACUGGAGAGGUCAGAGAUCCAGAACGGCGUGGAGAGCAUGGACAUGAGGUUGGAGGAGCUACAGCUGCUCCUCAGGAUGCAUCAGCAGGGCGUGGAUCCCACAGGCACUGUGGACCCAUUUAAUUCCAACCUUCCUUUGAGUGAAUGGAACUUCACAGACAUUGAGGCCAACUUGAAAUCCUACAUGUUUCAGCACCAAGACCCAGACAUGUUCAGCAGCGGAGGCUGUGAGGGACAGUGAAGACUUGAGGGAAGCAACGGAACGACUUCUGUCUGUUCUGCACAGAGAACAUCUGGAAGAGAAUAUUAGAGGAAAUUUCACAGGAGAUCUGGAGGUUGACAUUUGUGAAUGUUGCAGAGCAGCUGGACCUGACCUGACUGGGAUGAUUGGCAUUGUUCAGAACCACAUUUUCCCACCUGCCAUUAAGGACUUUUCCAUCUUCUGAGUCAUCUUCUAAAGUUCUGCAGGAUCCAUCAGGAAAAUGCGACAACACCUUAUAAUAUGAGAAUGCAGGGUUCUGGUGUCCGGGAAACUCCACCACACCGCUGUCUGAUUUCCAGAAGGAUGGUGGAUCAAUCUGAGCCUGCAGGACUUACAUGCGGGAAGAACUCAGCAAGAAGUCCAACUGGAAGGCAGAAAUCCAACAAGAGGCUAAUGCAUCCCACCAUUUCAUAAAUGACACUAUACCAUAUUCCGGAAAGGUCUCAUGUAUUGACCUAAUUUAGCCAGGUCAUGCUUGCUGUUAGAAUGGUGAGAAUCAAGACCACAGAGGCUACCAUUGUACAGGGAGGUAGAUAUUAACUGGCCCAAGUUCUGAUGCACUUUUUUAUAACACUGCGAGUGGAACUGAUGGUACUUCAAUAUGUACUGAAUGGAUUUAUACUUUUUUCCUGGGAAACGUUUGUUUCAGAGUAUAUAUACUUGGAUAUAAAAAUUUUUUAUUUAGAGUGCUGGCAUCUGAUGUAAAAAGUUUGACUUUUUGAUUUUGAAGACGCCAUAUUUUGUGUCUGUAUUUGCACAAAAUUUUUCUUUAUCAUUAGUGCCCUGUAGAGGAACUUGGAAAUAUUUACUGCUUGUCAUACUGGAGUCCAUCAUAUACUGCUUUGCUGUAUAUAUUUUACAGUAACAUAUGUUAAAACACAGAUAGAUCGUCUGAUCAUGUCCAUUCACAAAAAAACUUGACUGAUUAGGCCACUAGGGCAGUGUCCCAAUCCGGUCCUCAGGACCGCCACUCCCCCAUACAGCUUUUGCUUCCUCCCAGCUCCCUCCUGGGACAGGAUUGGAAAACACUGCAUUAGGAAAUUUCUCUGACCAGCUGUCAGAUCAGAAGACAUCAGGUCGAAAAGAGACCAUCGCUCCCUAUCUUCCAUCUCAGUGAAGAUGAUUCACGCUUGGGCACCUCGGUACAGCCAGGAUGAGAGAGUGCAAAACAUGGCCUAAGAAGUCUGACUGGAGAGAAAGUCUCUUCUCAAAGGUGGAUAGUUCAGGUUACAAAGUAAAAAUCUAGACCAAGACUUUGUUUCAACCAACCAAUUAAGUCCUCUGUGACUGUGACUCUAUAACUGGUGGAUUUGCUGGAUUUACACCUUCUGGACCUGAACUCUCGUGAACAUUGUUGCUAUUCCUGAUUUCUCCUUAUUUUAGUCAUGGCCAGCAGACUUAUUUGACCUCUUGCAGUCCAGAACCCUGAAUCCACCCUUUGAUAAACACAGGCUCUUUUGUCAUCUGUACUGAUGGUGCCUUAUCUUCGGGAGGGUGAUGUCCUGGAAUCUGAAUUGUGACUAUUGUCAGACUGAGAACUGGCUGCAAUGAGAGGAAUUCGGCCGACGCUGCACAUACUCUAGUAAAUCGUAGUCAUACUGACGUUAGAAAUGGCUUGACGCUGAAUAUGUAUGAGUGUAUUACAUAUGCACACACAUACAUAUUUACAUAUUUGUACAGCUUGUAUAACAAUGUGUGGUGUCAAGCGGAGUUUCUCCUGUACUAUAACACCAAGAUCUCACUCUCUGGAAACCCGUAAAUACUUCACUUCGAUUGUCACUUCAUGGCUACAAACAAAUAAAACAAAAUCCCAGAAAACACUUCAUUCACAACCUUCACUCACGUCACAUCCGGUAUUAGUUUGUGUUACUGAUUUAAAAAUGGAACAUUGUGUAAUACAGUACAUUUGAGUUCUUACUCUGAUGCAAUAUGACAUCGACCACUGGAAUGUAUGGAAUGAAGUAACUGCUUCCCUGGACUGUACACACAAAGGAAAUGUGGCAAUGAGAAAAAAAUUGCACUAGGAAUGCUGAUAAAACAAUGCUUUUUACUGUUAAAAAAAAAAAAAACUUUUUUUCUGGUUUGAGAUGAGGACGCUUUAUCGUAUCGCCAGUUACAUACCAAAGUUGUGUUUAUCCUCACUGGUAAUAAAUG